AUGUCUUUCUCUCUAUAUUUUAAUACUUCGGAAUCUUCUACUGGAUAUAAUAAUGUUGUUGGGACAUAUGAAUUUACUUCUACUACUUCAUCAUUUUCUGCAAAUGAUACUGAUUUACUAUUUCCUCCUUUGGAAUUUAAUGAUUCUUUAGACUUACUUCCUUCUUUGGAAUUUAAUGAUUCCUUAGACUUACUUCCUUCUUUGGAAUUUAAUGAUUCCUUAGAAUUAUUUAAUGAAUUUUCUUUUGAUGGUUGUUUAUUUAUUACCCUACCCAUCAAAUUCUUUUUAUUUACUGAAUUAUUAUCACUCAUAUUAGAAUUAUUAUCACUUAAAUUAGAAUUAUUAUCACUCAUGUUAUUAUUACUUGUUUUAGAAUCAUUCAAUUUAGAAUUUGAUCCAUUAACACUCAUAUUAGAAUCAUUUAAUUUAGAAUCAGAUUGCUUUCCUUCAAUUGAAUUUGAUCCAUGUACUCCUUUAGUUGAUGAAACUAUUGAUUCUUCCUCACUUUGA